UGCGCGGUGCGGCUCGCGCGCGGGUAGGUAGGCGCCGCUGCGGGCAGCGGUGUUCAGUGAAGGCGGCAAGCUCCUCGGAGCAGCCUCUCGCUUGGCGACAUCCCGCGCUGCCCAUCAUGUCCCUAAGAAGCAGCCUCUCGCGUCUCCUCCGGACGCAAAUGCAUUUCGUCCUGAAAAAGUCGGUCCAUUCAGUGGCUGUGAUCGGAGCCCCAUUCUCACAGGGACAGAAAAGAAAAGGAGUGGAAUGUGGUCCUGCUGCUAUAAGAGAAGCUGGAUUGCUGAAAAGGCUCUCCAAUUUGGGCUGCCGCCUAAAAGACUUUGGAGAUUUGAGUUUCACUCCAGUCCCCAAAGAUGAUCUCUACAACAACCUGAUAGUGAAUCCUCGCUCAGUGGGCCUUGCCAACCAGGAACUGGCUGAGGUAGUUAGUAGAGCAGUGUCAGAUGGCUACAGCUGUGUCACAGUAGGAGGAGACCACAGCCUGGCAAUUGGUACCAUUAUUGGCCACGCCCGGCACUGCCCAGACCUUUGUGUGAUCUGGGUUGAUGCCCACGCUGACAUCCAUACACCCCUCACCACUUCAUCUGGAAAUCUACAUGGACAGCCAGUUUCAUUUCUCCUCAGAGAACUACAGGAUAAGGUACCGCAGCUCCCAGGAUUUUCUUGGAUCAAACCUUGUAUCUCUUCCCCAAGUAUCGUGUACAUUGGUCUAAGAGACGUGGACCCUCCUGAACACUUUAUUUUAAAGAAUUAUGAUAUCCAGUUUUUUUCCAUGAGAGACAUAGAUCGACUUGGUAUCCAGAAGGUCAUGGAACAGACAUUUGAUCUGCUGAUUGGCAAAAGACAGAGGCCAAUCCAUCUGAGUUUUGAUAUUGAUGCAUUUGACCCUACACUGGCUCCAGCCACAGGAACCCCUGUUGUUGGGGGACUGACCUAUCGAGAAGGCAUGUAUAUUACUGAGGAAAUACACAAUACAGGGUUGCUGUCAGCACUGGAUCUUGUUGAAGUCAAUCCUCAGUUGGCCACUUCAAAGGAAGAAGCCAAGGCUACAGCCGGCCUGGCAGUGGAUGUGAUUGCUUCAAGUUUUGGUCAGACAAGGGAAGGAGGGCAUCAUGUCUAUGACCAACUUCCUACUCCCAGUUCACCAGAUGAAUCAGAAACUGAAGAACGUGUAAGAAUUUAGGAAACACUGUGUGGUGACACAGGUCCGUCUCAAUGGGCAUUCCAGCGUUGUGGGCGUGUGAGGGGACAGACACCACAUGGUCAUGUGGGUCAGUACUGCCUUAACAAGAACAUCUGUGCGUUCUCACAAUUGUCAAGUUUCUUUUCCUCUCCAUUUUGGUGACCAAUAAUACUGCUGUAAUGUACUUGCUUUUUGUAGUUCGCAGGGUAUUGCUAUGUCAAUGUAAAGAAGUCAUAAAGAACAUUUAUUACCUUGGUAUA